UUUUAGGAGAGAAAGGAAAGCGAUGUCAGGGAGAAAUAUCAUUUAUGUUUCCUCCCAAAUGUGGGAAGAAAGACGGUGAAAGAAAAUCUGAAAGGAGUCUCUAAUCUUUUAUGACAAAAAUACCCUCAAAGCAUAUAUUCAUAAAAGUUACAUCUUUUCUUUCCUUUCUCUCCGGUUCUUCCUUUCCGUCCAUUUAAUGAGCGUAAAUAAUAAAAACUUUCUUUCCUUCCCUUUCUUUUCAUUUCCAUUCUUUCCCCUCCCUUUCCUUUUUUUCUUUUCUUUUCUUUUCUUUUCUUCCCAAAUUUGAAAAAGCAGGGGCUGUUUUGUUGGUUUUCAUCAGGUCAUGUAUGGGUAAAGUUGUAUGUGUGGGUUAAUACGUCUGUAUAGAUUGGGAAGAUUUUUGUUUGUGAGAGUUUUUUCAUGGAUGGAAGAAGUGUGUUUUUUUAAUUGGAGGGGUUUGUUUUGAAAAGAUUUAGCUUUCUGCAUAAAGCUCCCCUUAGAAGCUUAUCAAAUAAGUCACUUUUUAUAUCAUUAAGUCACUAUCAAACAGUCAUGUAUAGUUGACCGGAUAAGCUGUAAGUCCGGUUAAGCUCGUUAAGCUGUUAACAAACAAAACGUAGGUGUUAGGUGGUGGUUGGGAGGUUACUUAUGGAGACCAUGAAGUUUCCACCUAUUUGAACUUUGAAAUUUCAAUUAGGGAAGUUCUCAAUUAAGGUUGGUAGACUUUUCCAUGGCAUGUAUAUGAUAUAAUAUCACCACAUGAUUAAGACAUUCUCUUCCCAAAAGUCUUCUGCAUUUUUUAAUUGAAUUAUGAACUCAUAAUCAUGUCAUGACAGCAGAGGCAGUGGACACUACUCAUUGUUGUUUUCUUUAAUAAAUGGAUUCGGUUCAGCACUCCUCGAAUAAGAGUAGAUUGGCUCGUACUUUUGCCAAGGUUUUGCAUAUUCGAGCUGCAACAGCGGAUAAAUUUCAGAAAACAAAGAUAUGGGAAAAGGUGAAGCGCGAUAAACCGAUCGAUGAUGAUGAUGACGAUUUCAAAAAGGAAGAAGAUGAAAAGCUUCGGGAAAGAGCAGCAAUGGAUGCUUUUGUUGCCAAACUUUUUGCCACUAUAUCUUCUGUGAAAGCUGCAUAUGCUCAGCUGCAGUAUGCUCAAUUUCCUUAUGAUGGUGAAGGAAUACAGUCGGCUGAUCAGAUCGUGGUCUCUGAAUUGAAGAAUUUAUCCGAAUUAAAACAAUGUUUCUUGAAGAAACAUCUUGAUGACUCCUCUCCCGAAACCACCCAACUGGUGGCAGAAGUUCAAGAGCAAAAGAAUCUGUUGAAAACGUACGAGAUAACAAGGAAGAAAUUGAACAGCUAUACGAAGCUUAAAGACUCCGAGAUCAUGUUUUUGAAAGAGAAAUUGGAGGAAUCCAGAAGGGAAAACAAGGUGAUCGAGAAGAGAUUGAGUUCAAGCGGAUCUUUAUCAUCAUCGCUUCACGAGAAUCUCGAUUUUCAUUCGUUAACCCCAACCAAUUUCGUCUCAGCUCUUAAACAAACGAUGAAAUCCAUUCGAAAUUUGGUGAGAUUCUUGAUCAGUGAAAUGGAGUCUGCAAAUUGGGAUUUAGAUGAGGCUGCCGAUUCGAUCCAGCCAGAUGUUGUUUAUUGGGAUACAACCCAUAAAUGCUAUGCAUUUGAGUCGUUUAUUUGCAGAGAGAUGUUUGAUGGUUUCAAUCUCCCGGAGUUUCGAAUAACUUCGGAUUAUCAGUCGAUGCCUAGAAGCGAAAAACGCCAAAGAUUCUUUGACAAGUUUAUGGAAUUGAAGUCUUUGAAAGCACGGGAAUACCUUACAUGGAAACCGACAUCAAUGUUUGCCGAAUUCUGCAGGUCCAAGUACCUGAAGCUUGUUCAUCCCAAGAUGGAAUUCUCUCUUUUCGGAAAUCUGAAUCAAAGAAAUCUGGUGGGUGCCCGAAAAUUCCCGGAAACAGCUUUCUUUGAUUUGUUUGCGGACGUGGCAAAACGUGUUUGGCUUUUGCAUUGUCUGGCGUUCUCGUUCGGUCCCGAGGAGGUCGGUAUCUUUCAGGUGGCAAAAAGCAGCCGGUUUUCUGAAGUGUAUAUGGAAAGCGUAAACGAAGAGGCGUUAUUGUCGCCGGAAAGUUCGUCGGUAGUGGCAUUCACGGUGGUUCCGGGGUUUAGGGUGGGCAAAACGGUUAUUCAGUGUCAGGUUUAUCUGAUUUGAUAGUCGGAUCAGAGGGUCUACAGACAUGAAGGUGGUUGCAGGUGGCGGAGGGCGGUGGUUGGUGGUGGCGGAGGAUGGUGGUGAAGGUAAGAAACAUAAACUUCAAAGCUGUGUUGUCCAAUUUUGUUAUACACACACAGUAAUAGUAGUAGUUUUUGGUUAUAUGUAAUCUUGUAUAUUGGUUUUGCCGUUGAUGAAAUACAAACAAAUGUAUGUACCUUUUUUGU